AUGCUUCCCCUUUCUCUUCUCCCCCUCUGUCUUGGCGUGGCUCACGGCUUAUCGCUUCCCCGCCAAGAGGCCGAAAACGGUCCGGCGCCCAUUGCUCUUGGGUUCUCCGUUCUGAAAACCGUCGGCAAUAUCACGGCUAAAGAAUUCUGGAGCCAGCACAGCGCCGAGCGGGCCAAGCGCGACGGGUACCCGAUUCCCAUUGUGGAUUAUCGCGACAUCAGCUACCGGCUCGACGUAUACUUGGGCUCGGACGCACAGAAAUCAACGGUCAAUCUCGACACAGGCUCGUCCGAUCUCUGGGUGUACAGCAGCGAUUAUGACCCCAGCACCUCCAGCACUUCCAAGGACACGGGAGACGCGUUUUCCAUUGGCUAUUUGGACGGCACCAGCUCUGCGGGCGAGUACUACUUGGACACUUUGAAAUUCAGCACUCCCAACCCGGUUCUCUCCAGCUUCCAGUUUGCCAGAAGCACCAGCAGCAGCGCGUAUGGCGUUUUGGGCAUUGCCGAUAGAAACCAGGAGCGAGCCCUGUCAGAAUAUGACAAUUUGCCCUGGGCCUUGCAGGCGGCGGGCAUCACGCCCAAAGCUUCGUACUCGCUUUUCCUCGGGGCCGAGGGCGGGUCGGGCACGGUGAUCUUUGGCGGCAUCGACACAGAAAAGUACGUGGGCAACUUGACCAAAUACAGCGCCCAGAAAAGCAGGGGCGCGUUGGCCGUGAACUUGCAGACAAUGCUGGUGAAUGGCAAGACCCUUUCGGUGGAUGCGCCGGCGAUUUUGGACUCUGGCACUUCUUUGGGGCUCUUGCCUCUGGAGUACAUGAGUGAGCUUGACAGUGUCUUUGACACCACCGUGUACACGCAGGGCAGCAUUGAGUACCGCCUGGUGAGCUGCGACCAGCCUUCCGACAAGUACCUCGACUUUGAUUUUGGCAACAACACGAUUCAAAUCGCGUACUCGGAUAUGGUGUAUCACCAGGGCAACGACGAAUGCUUGCUUGGGUUCGGCUCCUAUGGGAGCUACAUGAUUUUCGGCGACGUGUUCUUGAGGCAGGCGUAUGUUUACUAUGACCUCUCGGACCUGACGAUCUCGCUUGCCCAGGCGUCGUACUCGAGCUCGUCGAACAUCAUCAGUGCUUGA